AUGGACCCAGUGAAAGCUUGCUCUAUAAAGCUGAAUGACGGACGCCUCAUGCCUAUGUUGGGAUUUGGCACCUCUGCUCCUGGUGAGGUUGCGAAGAGCAAUGUAGAAGAGGCCGUCAAGACAGCAAUCAAUGUAGGCUACCGCCAUAUUGACUCAGCUUAUUUGUAUCUAAAUGAAGACGAGAUUGGGAGGGCCAUCUGGAAGAAGAAUGCCGAUGGCACGGUGAAGAGAGAGGACAUAUUCUACACUUCGAAGGUGUGGGGAACCUUCUUCCGUCCAGAAUUGGUUCAAACUGGCCUGGACACGUCCCCGAGGAAGCUUGGGUUGAGCUAUGUGAACCUUUAUCUCAUUCAUUUCCCAGCAGCUUUGAAGCCCGGGGAGGAACUUUUUCCAAAGGACAAAGAUGGAGAAAUCAUUUUUGACACAGUGGAUUUCGGUGCCACAUGGGAGGCCGUGGAGAAGUGUAAGGAUUCAGGGCUGACCAAGUCCAUCGGCGUGUCCAACUUUAGCUGCAGGCAGCUGGAGAUGAUCCUGAACAAGCCAGGGCUCAAGUACAAGCCUGUCUGCAACCAGGUGGAAUGUCACCCUUACCUCAACCAGAGCAAACUCCUGGAGUUCUGCAAGCCCAAGGACAUCGUCCUGACCGCAUACGCUGCCUUGGGGUCCGACUCCAGGAAGGAAUGGGUGAACAAGAACACCCCCGCUCUCCUGAAGGAUCCAGUGCUCAAGGCCAUUGCCGAGAAGCACAGGUGCUCUCCUGCCCAGGUGGCCCUGAGCUUCCAGCUGCAGUGGGGUGGGGUGGUGGCCUUGGCCAAGAGCUUCAACGAGAAGAGAAUUCAGGAGAACUUCCAGGUUUUCGAUUUCCUGGUGACACCAGAGGACAUGGAAACUCUGGACGGCCUAAACAAAAACAUUCGCUGUUUUGCAGAUCCGCGGGCCUGGGCCAUUCCCAGACGGGGGCAGGCGCCACACCUGCGGGGAGCCGGGACAGAAGUCGCACCUGCGGGGAGCCGGGACAGAAGUCGCACCUGCGGGGAGCCGGCGUCGCACCUGCGGGGAGCCGGGACAGAAGUCGCACCUGCGGGGAGCCGGGGCCGGAGUCACGCCUGCGCGGCGCCUCGCCGGAACCCCUGGGCGGCCUGGGGAGAGGUCCAGUCUCAGAAGCUGGGUAAGCAAACAGAGCCCAGCUGCCUGGCCCCCGUCGGCUCCCCUGCUUCGCCUUCCCAGCCAGCGUCCCCGAUGUCGGUCCGGGCUCGGGAACGAACCCCUGCCGCCUCCCCUGAGCUGGCCCGUGCGCUCUUGCAGUCCGUUUCCGUCCUCGAGCCUGGGUUUCACGACUCCCAACCCCCGGACGACCACCCCGCCCCAAGGAGAGCCUCCAACCCACAGGCGGAGGAGCGGCGCCCCCUGCCGCCAGAGCCGCGAAUGCGCCGGCGCCCCCCGCGGACCCGCUUCUGA